UCUUGAAGCGUCGGGUGGGGAUAGUCCCUUAAAUCCAUUCACCCCAAGAGCUUGAUAGUUGAGCUACAGUUGACAAAUAGAAAAUGGCAGAUUAUAGACCUAUUUACACCGUUUAGGUCCAUUCUAUAACAGGGCAGUAACAAAACAAGUGACCAGUGAGUGAUAUGUUUGCCUAAAUAUCAUGUCCCUCUCCGCAAAGUUAACGUUUAUUAGCCCAUUUCUGCAAGCAUGGUUUAUGUUUUGGGUCAACCUGAAGGUAGGCUACCGACCAUUAUUUAAAGGGGUAACCAUGACAACUUGAGUCCUGAUUGGCCACCCAGGCACGGGAAUUAAGGAGAGCGUCACCCAAUCUGAAUACGGAUGCGCCUGGCGCCCGCAGAGCCGGGCACAGUGAUGCGAAAAGUGUCGACGUGAGGUGAGCGGAGGCGAAGAAGUGGAACCUAAAAACAAAAAAUGACAACAACAACAAAAUAAUAAUAAUAGGCUACAGCCCAUGUAACAUAUUCUCUACAGCGGGGACGAACAGGCUUUCCACGUGUCAAUUUUUACGCAGCCCGUCAACGAAGAAGAGGACUAUAGGUGCUUUUUAAAUUCAUAUUUUUUCUUUUGGAUUCUGGAUUGUGACAAGUGCUAGGACAGAACAGGACAGGGGCGUCCAGAACCAGGAGUACAGUAGAGGAACUUCGGAGAGUGUUCGCCUAUAGCCUGCCUUUAAACGGUAGUGGAGAGGGGCUUCUCCCCACCCAUCCACCCACCUGACAGAACAUUCGCGCCUGCUUUGUCCACAACCCCGGAGCCAAGACGUUGCUGCGCGGAGAGCCGCGUGGCCCCAGACCCAGCACCGGAGUCCGCGUGGGAAGGUCGGCCCUCGUUAUCCUCCAGACGGGUGGGAUGAUGGUCCACUGCGCGGGGUGCGACAGGCCCAUCCUGGACCGGUUCCUGCUCAACGUGUUGGACCGAGCCUGGCACGCCAAGUGCGUCCAAUGCUGCGAGUGCCACUGUAACCUGACCGAGAAGUGCUUCUCGCGUGAUGGGAAGCUUUAUUGUAAAAUUGACUUUUUCAGGAGGUUUGGGACGAAGUGCGCGGGCUGCCUCCAAGGCAUCUCUCCCAGCGAUCUUGUGCGCAAGGCGCGCAGCAAGGUGUUCCAUCUCAACUGCUUCACGUGCAUGGUGUGCAACAAGCAGCUGUCCACGGGCGAGGAGCUCUAUGUCAUCGACGAAAAUAAGUUUGUGUGCAAAGAAGACUACCUAAGCUCAGGGGCUAUCAAGGAAGUCAAUUUGAAUUCAGUGUCAUCAUGCACAGACAGAAGUUUAUCGCCGGACCUCCAGGACCCGAUACAGGACGACACAAAAGAGACGGACAAUUCCAUGUCCUCAGAUAAGGACAUGAACAAUAACGAGAAUGAGGAGCAGAAUUCGGGCACGAAGCGGCGAGGUCCGCGGACCACCAUCAAAGCCAAGCAGCUGGAGACGCUGAAGGCUGCCUUUGUGGCCACGCCGAAACCCACACGACACAUUCGGGAACAGUUGGCCCAGGAGACGGGACUCAACAUGCGGGUUAUACAGGUAUGGUUCCAGAACCGUCGAUCUAAGGAGAGGAGGAUGAAGCAGCUGAGUGCUUUGGGGGCCCGGCGGCACGCCUUCUUCAGAGGGCCCCGGAGGAUGAGGCCCCUGGGAGGACGACUGGAGGACCCAGACAUACUGGGGCCUGGGGCCUAUGGAUACUACACAGAGUACCAGGGCGACUACUACGGAGGAGGGGGAAACUAUGACUUCUUCCCCCACGGCCCUCCCUCCUCUCAGGCUCAGUCUCCAGCAGAAUCCCCCUAUAUCCAUGGAGGUGCCAUGGAGGGCUCUGUGUCAGCCCACCACCCCUCUGAUGACCAGAGGUUCACGGACAUGAUCUCCCACGCAGACACCCCCAGCCCCGAGCCCGGCCUGCCCAGCUCCCUGCAGCCCGUCCCUGGGGAGGUGUAUGGAGGGGGGCCCAGCCCACCCUUCUCCCUGGCUAGUAACUCUAGCUACAGCGCCCCCAUGUCCCACCCCGGACAGGAGAUGGGAGAGACCACCGUCUGGUAGACUAGAGAGGGGGCAUCUGGAUCUGGGAUCAGGGUUUGGGGGGUGGGUGAACUUCCCAGUCAAUUCAGGAGAUGAAUUUGAAGACGUUAUGAAUGAGUUAUUAUGAAUUGAAAAGUGCCGUUUAUGUAUUUGUUCAUUGGGAUUUUGAAUUGGCUUGCUGAAUUGAUGGAAUUGUCCCCCCCCC